UUCGCUACGGGAUUAAAUCAUUCUGUAAGCUUUGUUCCGCACAUCGCCUCUCUCCUUUAAAGUCUGUAACGAGGGUUUGAAGGAACGGUCGACACAGAAGUUGUUAAAGAUCGCGUCCUGUUGCUCUUUUUUUCCUGCGGAAUUCUUAAUUUUUCGAUCUGUGCAUUUUCUGGGUUUCACAUCGAUGCCUGUUUUGAGCAAUCUGACCCCCGUUUGAUCAGUUGGUGCCCCAGGAGUAGUAGCAUCCUUUGUCUGUCCAAUGAGAACUCUAUAUUGCCUUACAACAUCAACAACUUGGCUAUUUAUGCCUAGCAGAAAAGGAAAGGGCUUCCCCAUGUCAUGUUUACCUGCCAAAAUCAACAAUGUGCCACAGAAUUGGUGAGGACAAAGAUUUCUUGAUCAUCAUUACCAUUUGUAGUCAUGUUGGCCGCACUAUAUGCUACCCAUAAAGAGAGUUGCUGAGACAGAAACCAUAGGGAAUUCAGUGAAAAGGUUGCACAUUGAGGGUGGUGCUAGUGACGUGCCAAGCCAGGAGGUGAAAAUGACUGCCACUGCAGAUGGCAACCCAGCUGAUGUUGUUCACAUCGAUGAGGACUUGCACAGCAGGCAGUUGGCAGUGUACGGAAGGGAGGCUAUGCGACGCCUUUUUGGUGCAAAUGUUCUCAUCUCUGGUCUUCAAGGUCUUGGAGUUGAGAUUGCAAAAAAUGUUAUACUGGCGGGAGUAAAAUCUGUCACUUUGCAUGAUCUAGGAGAAGUUGAGAUGUGGGACUUGUCUGGCAAUUUCUAUUUUACAGAAGCUGAUAUUGGUAAAAAUCGAGCAGUUGCUUGUUGUAGUAAAUUGCAAGAAUUGAAUACAGCUGUUGAAGUUUCUACCUUGACUUCUAUUUUAACUGAAGAACAUUUGGCUUGUUUUCAGGUAGUUGUCUUUACAGAUAUAAGCCUUGGGAAAGCUAUAGAGUACAAUGAGUUCUGUCAUAACCAUAAGCCACCAAUUUCCUUUAUCAAAGCAGAUAUCCGUGGGCUUUUUGGAAGUGUGUUUUGUGACUUUGGACCUGAGUUUACUGUAUUUGAUGUUGACGGGGAGGAACCACACACUGGUAUUGUAGCUUCUAUUAGUAAUGACAAUCCUGCUGUAGUUUCAUGUGUUGAUGAUGAAAGGCUUGAGUUCCAGGACGGAGAUCUAGUUGUUUUUUCUGAAGUAGUGGGUAUGACUGAGUUAAAUGAUGGAAAGCCAAGAAAGAUAAAGAGUGCACGCCCAUAUUCUUUCUUGCUGGACGAAGAUACAACUAAUUUUGGAGCUUAUGCUGGGAGAGGCAUUGUCACUCAGGUCAAGCAACCAAAGGUGUUAAAUUUUAAGCCACUGGGAGAGGCACUGAAAUAUCCUGGUGAAUUUCUUUUAAGUGAUUUCUCCAAAUUUGAUCGUCCUCCACUUCUACAUUUGGCUUUCCAAGCGCUUGAUAAAUUUGUAAAUGAAUUUGGGCGUUUUCCAUAUGCUGCUUCUGAAGAAGAUGCAGGUAUUUUUGUUGAAGCAGUAAAGGCCAUUAAUGAAUCAUCUUCUGCUGAUGAGAAGUUAGAUGCUAUUGAUGAAAAUGUAUUAAAGCAUUUUGCUAGUGGUUCACGAGCAGUAUUGAAUCCAAUGGCAUCUAUGUUUGGUGGAAUUGUUGGACAGGAGGUUGUCAAAGCAUGUUCUGGGAAGUUUCACCCACUUUUUCAGUUCUUCUAUUUUGAUUCAUUGGAAUCCCUUCCAGUUGACCCACUUGGGCCAGAGGAUGUUGCACCUUUAAACUGUCGUUAUGAUGCUCAAAUAUCUGUAUUCGGAAGAGCUUUGCAGAGAAAGUUGGAGGAUGCUAAAGUGUUUGUUGUUGGUGCUGGUGCUCUUGGAUGUGAGCUCCUAAAGAACUUAGCUCUCAUGGGGGUUUCCUCUGGUAACAGUGGAAAGUUGACCAUAACUGAUGAUGAUGUUAUUGAGAAGAGUAAUCUUAGUAGGCAAUUUCUCUUUAGGGAUUGGAACAUUGGUCAGGGAAAAUCAACAGUAGCAGCAUCAGCAACAAGGGCGAUCAAUCCACAAUUUAAGGUGGAGGCAUUGCAAAAUCGUGUUAGCCCAGAUACUGAAAAUAUUUUUCACGAUGCUUUCUGGGAUGAUCUUGAUGUUGUUUUAAAUGCUUUGGACAAUGUCAAUGCUAGGCUGUAUGUAGAUUCAAGGUGUGUUUACUUUCAGAAGCCUUUACUAGAGUCUGGAACUCUGGGAGCCAAGUGCAAUACUCAGAUGGUUAUUCCUCAUUUAACAGAGAACUAUGGAGCAUCCAGAGACCCCCCAGAAAAACAAGCUCCUAUGUGUACAGUUCACUCAUUUCCCCACAAUAUUGAUCAUUGCCUAACUUGGGCAAGGUCGGAAUUUGAGGGCCUUUUAGAGAAAACACCAUCUGAAGUGAAUGCUUUUCUUUCAAAACCAGAAGAGUACAAAGCAGCAAUGAAGUCAGCAGGGGAUGCUCAGGCCCGAGAUCUUUUGGAGCAUGUAGUAGAAUGUUUGAUUACAGAGAGAUGUGUAACAUUUGAAGAUUGUGUGUCAUGGACAAGAAAAAGGUUUGAGGAUUAUUUUUCAAAUCGUGUGAAGCAGCUCACUUACACAUUCCCUGAGGAUGCAACCACGAGUAGUGGUGCACCAUUUUGGUCCGCUCCAAAGCGGUUUCCAAAACCUCUACUGUUCAGUUCGAGUGAUCCUAGUCACAUGGCUCUCCUUACUGCAGGAUCUAUUUUACGUGCUACUACUUUUGGCAUCCCAAUUCCUGAUUGGGCUUCUAAUGCAAGAUUUCUAGCUCGUGUGGUAGAUGAGGUGGACGUCCCAGCAUUCAAGCCAAAGCAAGGCGUGAAAAUUGUGACAGAUGAAAAAGCUACAAACAUGAAUGCUUCUACCAUUGAUGACACUGCAGUUAUUGACAAUCUAAUCAGGACACUGGAAAGUGGUAUAACAAACUUGCCUCCAGGCUUUCGAAUGAAUCCCAUUCAAUUUGAAAAGGAUGAUGAUACAAACUAUCACAUGGAUCUUAUAGCUGGUUUUGCUAACAUGCGUGCAAGGAACUAUAGCAUACCUGAAGUUGACAAGUUGAAGGCAAAAUUUAUUGCCGGAAGGAUUAUACCUGCAAUAGCUACUACAACAGCUAUGGCCACUGGUCUAGUAUGUUUGGAACUUUACAAGGUUAUUUUAGGUCAUAAGGUUGAAAUGUUUCGCAACACUUUUGCAAACUUGGCACUUCCACUUUUCUCAAUGGCAGAACCUGUGCCCCCUAAGAUAAUGAAACAUGGAGAUUUGAGCUGGUCUAUUUGGGAUCGAUGGGUUAUUGCUGGCAAUCUGUCUUUGCGAGAGCUGUUAAACUGGUUCCAAGCUAAAGGUUUGAGUGCAUACAGUAUAUCAUGUGGACAAAGCUUGAUAUAUAACAGUAUAUUUCCCAAACACAGAGAGAGAUUGGACAAGAAAUUGGUAGACCUUGCAAGGGAAAUAGCAAAGCUGGAGAUACCUCCAAGCCGGCGUCAUUUUGACAUUGUUGUUGCUUGUGAAGAUGAUGAUGGAAAUGACAUUGAUGUGCCUUUGGUAUCCAUAUGCUUUCGUUAGCUGGCCUAUCCUUUUGACCCAAAAAAGUACAGAAUAUCAUGUGGCAGCUAAAUUUUAUUUUAUGAUUUUCCCUUUACAAUCAUAGAGGAGGUUCAGUACCCCUGGCCUGGGCUUAUGGAUUCCUCUGCAUGAUGGAUACCAGGCCUGCCAGGAAUCACUGUAACUUGUUAUAUUGUUAAUGUUGCUGUGCAGUGCUCACAUAAUGGGGCAUUGUCAUCAUGGAUGCCUUAUUAAUUACAAUACAGGAAGUAACUACUUAAUAAUAACAUUUAGGGGCUUCAGGUGUUAGUUUUCUUCUUUUGAUUUGAAAUGAUGAAACUGCAUUAAUGUAA